AUGUAUCGUCAGAAUAUUCCAAACUAUCGACGUCCUCCUCACUAUAAUCCAAAUUAUAAUCCUGCUUGGAAAGGCCUGCAGCCGUGUUUUCCACAGUUCAAUCGUAACCACUGCUUAGGUUCAGGUGGGAACGCCAGAGGGGGGAGAAAUAACAUAAGGUUAGGUAAUAAUGAAGCACAACGAGGUCGUACGCCAUGCAAGGAAAAAUGGUGGGCUUUCGUCACAAAUUUGAUCAAAUGGGUGAAUAGCCCACGUGAUUUUAACUUAGACAGCGAAGACGAUGUCAAGGAAGCAGUGCCAGUGAAGCCGAUAUUUUUGGCAAAGGCGCAAGCCCGCUGCCAUCCUACAUCACCCCGCGGUCGUCAAAGGGAGCAGCCUAAUUGCGGCCGGCAGCAGGCCAUAGCUCACCCCACUCCCUUAGAAAAUCGCUCAUUUGCGUCUUACUAUGACGGGAUAUAUGAAUUCGGUGAGAUAAAACUCAAGGAAUCGCCUCUUGCCCAAGUGGAAAGCAUGCCUGUGAUGGAUCAAAAGUCUUUGACGUGCCCAGUGUCGGGACCAACUCCUGGAUUGAAUGAUCCUUCUGAUGAUUUUUUUUCGGAUGCCCGAAAAGGUUCGGUCGCCCAGGACUUGACGAAUGUGAUGCCGUGUUUCCGCACAGGCAAUGACCUGCACGCUUUUCUGGGGAACUCCAACGAACGUGGAAGGGGGGAAAGUGACGCUUGCAACCCUUCCGAAUCCAUACCUCAGAUGAGAUCCGAAGAGCACUCAAGAACCUCGCCACUAUUCGGUAGUAGCAUAAAUGGCGUACCAGACUUUCUAGAUGUCGCCUCAAAAGAGCCUAAGAAUGAUGACGGCAUGAGAGAGAGAUCAUCGUUUCGCUUUGAGGGCAAACCCAACAAUAAGGACGCACCCUUUCUCGAGGAAAAGGGGUUGUCUUAUCAGGACAAAAAAGAAGUGCAUAAAUUACACUCCAGCUACAACCUUGGACAAUCCUUCACAUAUCUAAAUGACAACAUAGAAGCGGGAUAUACUACGAUCCAAGCCCUCCAAUCGGCCAUGGACCAGGCAUCAACAAAUGGCCUUUACGAAGAGGGGGGUACAAAACCGUCCAUGAGUUCUAACAAGGACAACGAGUCUGAAAAUCCCCGUGGGGGAACCCUGGGGGUAUCGGCACCUGGUAACAUUACUCCUUCAGCUAUGGCUCUGAGAUCCAGGUCAACUAUGUACGUCGAUAAAAAUUUGAACAACGGCAUUCUUGAUUUUCGAACGAAUAAGGAGUCAUUUUGUGGGGUCCCAAACUAUGACUUUGCCGGUGAUUUUGGCUAUGAUGGAUUACAGACAGUUCCUCAGGAAUUGAAAUCGGUGGUGUCCCAGGUGGGCAACUCCUCCAGUGGUUUCCCGCUGCACACUGCAAGACCUUCUACGAAUGCAUUGACUUCAUACACUAUUCAGGGUUCAUUUGUGCUCCCACUGAAAGCUUCAGAUCUGUCGUGCGUGCAGCCGCCUGAUAAAUCUAUGAAACAGGAAGCUAAUGAAGCCUUUGGAAACCCUUUAGAUGGCAGACAUUACGAUUUUGGUACUGGUGAUGGAAUUCAUACCCAGUCACUUUCCACUUCUUCAAUUUCUACCUCAGACUUACGAUCGAAGAAAAGGGUAGAGACUGCUUCAAUUCCUCACCCCGUAGUACCGGCAAAGGAUUCUGGCUCUUCACGAUUUAUAGAUAGCAAGUUCACAUCUACUGCUGAGGAUAUUGAUGAGAUCGCUAAACCUUAUGCGUGUAAGGAAAAUUUAUUGGAUAAAAAUCUGAAGCCUAAAGUGAUGAUGUCCAAAACUACUUCAGAGGCUCCCAAUAUCAGGGGCUCAUUGGAAGCAAAGCCAUACAGCAUCCCCACGCGUGAGGCGGUGAUUCCCAAGGGAAAUCCGAACACUAGUGAGGCACCGCGCACCAAGGAUUAUUUAGCUUUUAUAUCUAAGCUACCAUCAUCCUCUGAUAACGUUAAGGUGAAGAGAGGUUCCAUCGUUGAAUGUGGUAAUAACUCUGCCUCAGGAAUGACUAAUUGCAAAAAUGACAGUAUGUUAACGUCAGAAAGCAAAAAUAUGGACUACAGCAACGUAACGAGACCUGACGUAAAAGAUAAAAGCCCCGAUAAUCUCAGUAAAAUGCCUUACUCUGCUCUACUACCGGUUCUGCUCUAUGAGAUAACGAAGGUAAAUCGACAGUUUGCUGAACCUCACAAGACAUCGAACUUGGAAGAGCAAAUACACACACCUUCUGUGAAUAUAAAAUCAACCCAAGUACCGUCGCCUCCUACGCUAAAAAACGAGGGUCACUCUAAUGACAAAGAGGCACCAAAACAGACUCGUAGAUCACCUUUAUUACCUGCUUUUCGUAAAGACAAUCGCUCUAAGUAG